GGGAGCUCCGCGGUAGCCAGCGGCACCAUGGAGGUGGACGUGGACCCCGAGGAGCUGGCGCGGCUGCACUCGGUCUUCGCCGCCUAUGACACUAAAGGGUCCGGGCGCCUGGAGCGUGCGGAGUUCGGCGCGCUGUGUGCGGAGCUACACGUGGCUGAGGCUGAAGCGGAGGCAGUGUUCCUGGGGCUCGACACCGAUCGCGAUGGUGCCAUCACCUUCCCGGAGUUCGCGCAGGGCUUCCGAGGAGCCUUCGGCCGGGACAGUGCCCAGGGCACCUGGGAGGAAGCAGAGCCAGCGAGCCUGGGCCCGGCGUGGCGGGACUUCCAUGCGCGCCUCGGGGACGAGGCUCAACUCAUUCCCAGAAAAGAACAAGUUAGUACCCUGUACCAGAACAUCAAUCUUGUGGAGCCAAGACUAAUCCAGCCAUAUGAACAUGUGAUAAGAAACUUCCUCCGUGAGAUCAAACUCCAGAGCACAGAAAUGGAAAACUUGGCCAUUGCAGUGAAGAGAGCCCAAGACAAGGCAGCCAUUCAGCUGAGUGAGUUGGAAGAGGAAAUGGAUCAGAGAAUUCAUGCAGUGGAGAAUGAGACCCGGAAAGAUGAAAAACGCAAAGCAGAGGAAGCCCUUAGUGACCUCCGACGUCAGUAUGAAACAGAAGUAGGAGAUCUACAGGUGACCAUUAAAAGGUUAAAAAAGCUUGAAGAACAAUCAAGACACAUAAGUCAAAAGCAAGAUGUGACAGCAUUAAAGAAACAAAUUUAUGACUUAACAAUGGAAAAUCAAAAACUCAAAACAGAGCUUUUGGAAGCACAGACAAAUGUAGCAUUUCUUCAGAGUGAACUAGAUGCUUUGAAAAGUGAUUAUGCUGACCAGAGUCUGAAUUCUGAACGGGAUCUGGAAAUAAUCCGAGAGUAUACAGAAGAUCGCAGUAGUCUUGAGAGACAAAUUGAAAUCCUUCAAACAGCUAACCGGAAGCUGCAUGAUAGUAAUGAUGGCCUCAGGAGUGCACUGGAAAACACUUACAGCAAGCUCAACAGAUCCUUGCGUAUAAAUAACAUAUCACCAGGGAAUACAAUUUGUAGAAGCAGUCCCAAAUUUAACCACCAUUCUUCUCAACCAUUGGCCUAUGAUAGGUCAUUCCAUUCUUCAUAUGCAGAUGAGGAUUGUGACUCUUUGGCUCUCUGUGAUCCUCUGCAAAGGAUGAAUUAUGAAGUUGACAGCCUACCUGAGAGUUGUUUUGACAGUGGCUUGUCUACUCUGAGAGACUGCAAUGAGUGUGACUCUGAGGUGGACUACAAGCACCAGAGAGGAUUUCAGAGUUUGCAUGGAACACAGGAGAACCUUAGAGGAGAUGCAUCAGAUACAGAUGUUCCUGAUAUAAGGGAUGAAGAAACAUUUGAUUCUGAAAGUGUGGCCUCAGUCUUAUACUGGAAGUCACAGGAAUCUUUUGGUGAAGGCACCGCUAGUUCCUCCAGAAAACCCAUCUCAGCUCUUUCACCUCAAACAGACAUGGCAGAUAAUAACUCCAAAGCCACAGCUCAGAAGGCUUACAAGAUUGUGCUUGCUGGAGAUGCUGCCGUGGGAAAGUCCAGCUUCCUCAUGAGACUCUGCAAGAAUGAAUUUCAGGGGAACACAAGUGCAACCCUAGGAGUUGAUUUCCAUAUGAAAACUCUGAUUGUAGAUGGUGAACGGACAGUUCUUCAGCUCUGGGAUACAGCUGGGCAAGAAAGAUUCAGAAGUAUUGCCAAGUCUUACUUUAGAAAAGCAGAUGGUGUCUUACUGCUGUAUGAUGUUACUUGUGAAAAAAGCUUUCUUAAUGUACGGGAAUGGGUGGAUAUGGUUGAGGAUGGAGCCCACAGAACUGUUCCUAUCAUGUUAGUAGGAAACAAGGCUGAUCUUCAUGAUACUGCUAAUGCAGAGAAACAAAAGUGCAUCUCAGCAUAUCUUGGAGAAAAACUGGCCAUGACCUAUGGGGCAUUAUUCUGUGAAACAAGUGCCAAAGAUGGCUCCAAUGUGGUUGAAGCUGUUCUCCAUCUUGCUCGAGAAGUGAAGAAAAGGACAGAGGAUGAUGAUAGCAGAUCCAUUACUAGUCUCGUUGGGUCCACGUCCAGAAAGUCACUGCAAAUGAAGAACUGUUGCAAUGGCUAAACACGGGCUGUCUUCAGCUCAUAAAAUCCUUGUUUCUAGAAUACUGAUUGUGGGACACUGGCUCUCAAUGGAGUGUGCAUCAUACAACACUAGCCUAUGAAGAAAUAUUCCCUGGCAAAUUGAGCUGUACUUCCUGUUCUCAGAAACCUCAGGCU